AUGUCAAACAUAACGGAUAACGACACAAAUAUUGGAUCUUCGCGAGGCGAUGCUUCGACUACAUCGGGAGAUGUGGUCGGCGGACUCACCGGCGGUGGUGGUUCGUCCGGCUCAGCCCUGAUGAUGACCCUUUUACCAGCACUUGUAUAUGCGCUCUUCUGGGUUAGCCUAUUUCUGAUAUUUCGGCGGACCCAACGCCGAUGGUACGCUCCACGAUCAUACUUGCCCGAUCUACACGAGCAUGAGCGAAGUCCCGAGCUACCUUCUGGCUGGGUUAACUGGCUUGGGACCUUUCUGAAAAUUGAGGACAACCAUGUGUUACACCACUCAUCACUUGAUGGCUACCUAUUUCUGCGAUUUUUGCGAGUCCUAGCUGCGACCUGUUUGACAGGCUGCUUGAUCACAUGGCCAAUUUUAUUGCCGCUCCAUGCCACUGGCGGCAAUGGCAACACAGAGCUGGAUAUGCUGAGUUUCAGCAAUGUUGCUAAUCCCCACCGGUACUUUGCGAAUGCGAUUGUGGCUUGUGUAUAUUUCACCUUUGUGUUCUAUGUGGUCGUUCGAGAGAGUAUGUACUACGCGAAUUUGCGACAGGCGUACCUCAAUUCGCCUGCCUAUGCGUCGCGAAUGUCAUCCCGGACGGUUCUGUUCAUGUCGGUCCCAGAUGCCUACAAAAAUCAAGACAAGAUUCGACAAGUAUUCGGAGACUCCAUUCGUCGAAUGUGGAUAACUUCAGAUUGCAAGAAGUUGGACAAAAUGGUCAACGAGCGAGAUAAGCUUGCUGAGAAGCUAGAAACAGCGGAGACAAAACUCAUCCGCAGGGCAAACAAAGUACGCCGAAAGGAGCUCAAGAAGGAAUUCUCAAUCGACACUUGUCUAGAUUGUGAAUCUAGCAACCCAGCAUGGUCUCACAAAGUCAAGCGGCCGACGCAUCGGCUCAAAUUCUUCGGCAAAAAAGUCGACUCUGUUCACUGGUACCGCGCUGAACUGAAGAAAAAGAUCGAGGAAGUGGCAACCUUGCAAAAUAAACACCAGAGAAAUGAAGCUACCCAGCUGAGCGCAAUCUUCGUUGAGUUCAACAGCCAGGCCGAUGCACAAGUCGCCCUCCAAACAUUGUCUCACCACCAGCCAUUCCAUAUGACGCCUCGUUUCAUUGGAAUUUCACCCCGGGAAGUCGUCUGGUCAGCACUGAACCUCAGUUGGUGGCAAAGAAUCGUGCGAAGGUUCGCUGCUCAGGGAUUCCUGGCAGCACUGGUCAUUUUUUGGUCAUUCCCCGCCGCGCUUGUCGGUGCUAUCUCGAACGUCACAUACAUUUGUAACAUAAUACCUCCCCUGAAGUUCAUUGAGAACCUUCCAGAUGUUAUCAAAGGAGCAAUCGAGGGUCUUUUGCCAUCUGCAGCUCUUGCAGCUUUAAUGUCAUUAGUACCGAUCAUCUGUCGAGUGUGCGCUAGACGUGCCGGUGUGCCUUCAAAAGCACGCGUGGAAUUGUUUACCCAGAGUGCGCACUUCGUCUUCCAAGUGGUGCAAGUGUUCCUGGUCACGACGUUGACAUCGGCUGCCUCAGCUGCCACUGCUCAAAUCAUACAUAACCCUUUGUCGAUCAAGGAUCUUUUGGCGGAAAAUCUGCCCAAGGCCACCAAUUUCUACAUCUCAUAUUUCAUUCUUCAGGGACUGACCAUGAGCUCUAUGGCCCUUGUGCAAAUCAUGAGCGCUCUGGUUUUCAAAUUCGUCACCACCUUUUUCGCAUAUUCACCUCGUCGUCUAUUCCAGCGAUGGGCAGAGCUAGGUAGUCUCAGUUGGGGAAAUGUCUUCCCCGUAUUUACCAACAUGGCCGUGAUCGCAUUGACGUACUCUUGCAUCGCACCGCUCAUCUUAGGAUUCGCGUUCCUUGGACUUUAUCUGGUAUACCAAGCCUAUCGAUACAACUUCCUAUUUGUUUAUGACAUUGAGAUCGAUACCAAAGGCCUUGUUUAUCCACGGGCUCUGCAGCAUCUGUUGACCGGACUCUACCUGGCCGAAGUAUGCAUGAUCGGUCUCUUCGCCAUCAAAGGCGCCAUUGGCCCACUGAUCAUCAUGGCAGUGUUCUUAGUGGGCAACAUCCUCGCACACAUGUCUCUCAACGAAGCAUUGGCUCCUCUAAACUCAUUCCUACCGAGAUCCCUCGACGCAGAAGAGGAAAUGCUUCAGGAAAAAGAGGACAAAGCAGCAGAAAUAAACGAACAGCGUCGCCCUCGCGCAUUGGCUUUCUGGAGAUGGUUCCACCCGAACGUUUACAAGGACUACGCAGCUUUGCGUCGCAAGAUCCGCCGCAACGUCCAGGAGGUCUCUUAUACCCCGGAAGAGAUGCGCACUGCAUACUAUGAGCCGAGUGUGGCGUCACCACCACCGACUCUGUGGAUUCCUCGUGACAAGUGGGGUUUCAGUAAUCAUGAGGUUAUGGAAACGGAUGAGUCGAUUUUCAUCACAGACAAGGGUGCGCAUCUUGAUGAGAAGAACAAGAUUGUGUGGGACAAGUAUGAUCCUCAUCUGCCACUGCGCGAACUGAAGACCCUAUAUUGA